AUGGCUAAGAUCGCUAUCAUCCAGUACUCGACUUACGGCCACGUCACACAAUUGGCCAAAGAGGUACAACAGGGUAUUGUCCAGGCCGGCGGAGAGGCCGACAUCUUCCAGGUGCCAGAGACGCUGAACGAGGAAGUGCUGACCCUCAUCCACGCGCCAGCAAAGCCAGCAGACAUCCCAGUUGCUUCUGUCGACACCUUGCAACAGUACGAUGCGUUCCUGUUUGGCCUUCCAACGAGAUUCGGUACCGUGCCAGCGCAAUUCCUGUCCUUCUGGGGCGCUACAGGUGGCCUGUGGGCCAGCGGUGCGCUCCACGGUAAACCAUACGGUCUCUUUGUCUCCACGGGCUCUCCAAACGGUGGACAAGAGGUGACGAUCAGAAACUCUCUGUCGCUGUUCUCCCACCACGGUAUGAUCUACGUGCCAUUGGGCUACAAGAACUCGUUUGGCCAGUUGACGAACUUGGAGGAGCCCCAUGGUGGCUCUCCAUGGGGUGCCGGUGCCUACGCAGGCAGCGACGGCUCCAGACAGCCCUCCGAGCUUGAAAAGAAAAUCGCAUUCAUCCAAGGUGAAACCUUUUACGGAAUAGUGAAGAAGUACAUCUCAACACCUUCCACCUCGACGGCAGCUGUGUCUGCCGAGCCUGUAAAGGAGGAGGCCACGAAGGCUACACAGAGUGUUAAGAAGACAGCCGAAGCUGCUAGAGCCUCAGAACCUGCCAAGGAGGAGAAGACCGAGGGUUCCAAGUGCUGCGUUAUCAUGUAA